ACUACUGUCCUCGGAUUUUGACGUCUAUUUACCCAUCAAAAGACAGAGUGGUCAAGGUGGGUAUUGCAGUGGGAACUAUCAUGAAAGAUCCCAUUCCAUCCGGUCUCUACUGGGUGACGUAUGAUUUCAGUGACAUCAAUGAGGUGGUUUCUUACAAAACUUUAGAGGACUUUGAGUUGGAUAUUUUCCAAGAAAAACUCAAACUUCCGUUUUUCUGUGAGGGUACAGGGCAUACAGUGUACAAAAACUACUUUUACUGUCAAAAGAUGAUGACAAAUAAAAUUGUAAGGUAUAAUCUCAUGGAAUCUCGUUGGUUGGGAGAAUUGGAACUUCCGGGUGCAGGUGCGCAUAACGCUUAUCCAUACCAGUCGGAUCGGUUUAGUGAUAUCGACUUUGCAACGGAUGAAUACGGAUUAUGGGUAAUUUAUGCGUCCUCGGCAUCCAGCGGAAAUGUUGUUAUCAGCAAGAUUAACGAGGACAAUUUUACGAUUUCAGAAACAUGGACGACACUGAUCCCCAAACGCACUGUUGGAAAUACGUUUAUGAUCUGUGGAAUAUUAUAUGCAACGGAUUCUUACACUAAUUCGCCAACGUACAUUAAAUACAUUUAUAAUACCCAAAACGGGGGUAAUAAAGAACUAAAAAGCACGGAAAUAACGUUUACAAACACUAUAAGGAAUGAAUUUGUUUCAAACUAUAUGCUUGACUAUAACCCAUUGGACCGGAAGUUAUAUAGUUGGAAUCAUGGGAGGAUUGAAAUAUACUCAACGAUGUCCUCAACAAUCGAUAAAUAACGAGAAAUAAUGGAAUGCAGUACAGUUUCAGGAUAAAAAAUGAGAUUCAUGAAUUCGAUUAUUUUGGAGAGUGUAUUGUUAUUACGGAAAGUAACAAAAUUACUCUGUGACCCGAAAAAAAAUUAUUGAUUAGUACUUUGUUAAUAAUUUAUGGCCCCACCAUUAUCUGAUAUAAAUAGUAUGUGUCUCUCCUCAGUAUCUUUAUAGACGUAGUGGUAAUCAACGAUGCUAAUGGCGGCAAGUGCACGGGCAAAAAUUAAAUUACAGAUUAUUUGCUUGCAUAAAAAAGGUUGUCACUAAACUAUAAAAUUCAUGCUUGUCUGGCCUUGUAAACAAUUUCACAUUUUAUUUUACUAUAUCUGCUUUUUAAGAUUUUUUUUUUCUUUCCUGUGUUUAAUAUCAAUUUAAAUUAUUUUUGUGUUUUAAUGACAAUUUCUUUUUUAUAGUAGAUUUUUUUUGCCAGAAUGUUUUAAAAUCACAAUAUCUUAUUUUGAUAAAUUGCUGAAUUUUAUUUGUAAUUGUAUUUUUGACAUUUUUUGACAUAAAAUCGACUGAAACAGCUUUUUUAAAGCUAGGACAUCCAGUUACUUAGUAUUGUUACUGUACAUAGAAUGGUUGUAAAUAGUCGGGAGAAUAACCCGGGACGUACAGUUCUGAUCUUAUAGACACAAUUCUGUUUAAAACAAUUUUGAAAACUCACAUUAAUUUUAAUCUUUCUGAAUAUAAAGCUUCUGGAAAAGCUUAGAUAUUUCAAAUCUUCAAACGUAAAGUACUAAUUUAAAAGAACACUCUUUUAGUCCCGAAUAAUACAUCCUUGUAACAUGGUCAACAAAUUGGACAAACGGGUCAUUUUUUCCAUGUACACGUGUGAUCUAUGUACAUAUAUGAAAUAUGGAGUGUUCGAGGUCAAAACUCCAUUGAAACAAAACAGAUCGGGAGAAGAGCAAACAAGGACCUCUAAAUCUUCAAGGGAUCAGGUACCAUGGAGGAGUAAGGCAUCCCCUGUCACACCCGACAUGUACUGUGUUAUUUGUCAUGAUUGGGCAAAUGGAAAACCUGAGACAUUUCAGUGGUUAAAAAAUGACCUUACAGAUGGCAUGAAUGAUGAGAAACAAUUGGAACAAGGGCAAAGAGACAGAGUAUGUCCUUGUUAUUGAGAUCAUCGAUCUUGAUAAAGUUAUGUGAACCUUCGUUGCGAGGGGAAAGUAAAUUACCUUCUUUUUUGUUUUGAAUAAAUCAGUUUUUCUGUAGAAAGUAAAGGUUUAUAUAAUAAAUAUUGUUAAAAGCUC